AUGACUCUUCUUCAGCCUUUCAAUGCCUUGGUACUUUGGCUUUCACCGUUGACGGCAACAAGUUCAGUUAACACAGAUAAACCUGAAGAGAAAAUUUAUUCCUACCCAGUAAUUCAGUGCAGUGCUCCUGCAGUCAAUGGCUUACCAGGCAGAGAUGGAAGAGAUGGUCCCAAAGGUGAAAGGGGAGAACCAGGAGAAGGAUUGAGAGGUCUACAGGUUUUCCCUGGAAAAGCAGGACCUCCGGGAAUAAAAGGAGCUUUAGGACCACAAGGAGAGAAAGGAAAAAAAGGAGAACGUGGAAUUGUAGUAACCGAUGACCUGCAGAGACAAGUAACUGCUUUGGAAACAAAAGUACAGGUUUUGGAGGCUGAACUAAACAGAUACAAAAAAGCUUUGAUUUUAAAGAACAUGAAGAGUACUGGUAAAAAAAAAAUUGUCUCAACUGGAAAAGACGAUACUUUUGACAAUGGAAAACCCCUUUGUGCAAAAGCUGGAAGCGCACUUGCCUCUCCUAGGAACGAGGCUGAGAAUACAGCUUUAGAAGACUUAGUAAGACCUUCAAAGCAGGCUUAUUUGGGGAUAUCCGAUGAACAGACUGAAGGCAGGUUCAUGUAUCGGAACGGAGGGGCUGUAACUUACAGAAACUGGAAUGCUGGAGAACCAAAUAAUCUAAAAAAUGAAGACUGUGCAGUAAUACAAGACUCUGGAAAAUGGAAUUACGUUAAUUGUUCAAAUUCACGUGCUUUAAUUAUUUGUGAAUUCUUGAGCUGA